AAUUUUUUAAAUAAAUACAAUGUAAUACGUCGCAGCUUAUGCUUUGUUAGUUUUGGGAGGUAAAGCCCAACCAAGUAAUUCAUAUCACAAUGAAUAUUGUAGCUGAGGCAGAUAUUAAGGGAUUAUUGAGUGAAGUAGGUGCCUAAGGAGCUGAUGAUUAAAUAAAGGGAAUUGUAGAUGCAUUGAAAGGCAAAACACUUUCUGAUGUUAUCAGCGAAGGAUUAAAAAAAGUAGGUACUCUCUAAUUAGGAGGAGGAGGUAUAUAAUGAUUAAUAAUUGUUAAGCUGCAUCAAGUGCUCCAACCUAAGCUUAAGCUCCAGUUGCUGCCAAAUAAGAAGCACCUAAACCAGUUGAAAAGGCCCCAGAACCAGAAGAAGAUGUUGAUAUGGGUGGUUUGUUUGACUGAUUUUACAUUUUAGUACAUUCAUAUACAUAUAUUAAAUAUUUU